CGAGAACAACUGAUGAUCACCAACUUGAAUCGGACGGUCCAAGUGAGUACGCGAGAGUCGAACAGGGGCCAACCUGAGCGACAGCAGUCAACAGUCACGGGCAACCGACAUCCCCUCACAUCCCGUUUGGGCCAAAUUACGCAGGGCCAGACUCCAAAAGAACUUGAAGCUGCCAACUCAACCUCGACGGCUUUUCGGAAACACGCAGCGCCCAGCACAUAGCACUAGUCAGGCGAGAAUAGUGGUGGCUCUAUAGUCGCCCUGAUAACACCCGAUCGGUCCUCUGCUCCGCGUUCCAUGGAUGCGGCCCGCUGGUGUGGAAACUGGAAACGGUCGAGCUAAAAUCAGACUGCCAUCCGUUUUGGUGCGGCUCGGGGCGUCGUUCUCCGAAAACCCCAUCCGCAUCAAGCACAGCAGAGUCUAUCGCGAACCCUCCAAUCAACAGCACUCGCCCCUGUUCGCUAUACCCAACCUGAAUCGGCUCAUUCUGGGUGCGGUUCUGGGGAACUGGGGAAGCUAGCGCCGCCCAAACCAGGGCCAAGACGACGUCGUUGCAACGUUGACAAAGUGUCUGCCCGCAUGCCUCGGGGUCCAGAGACCAACCCAUCGUCCGCAUCCACCGGCUUCGGCCUCGCGCUUGCCCCCCUCCGCAAGCCAAGAUGGUUAUGCCGCCGGCCCCGUUUCCCUCAACGUGAGGCUAGGCACACUAUGAACCUUCGCAAAGCCUAGUGCGCGCGCUGAGAUCCUCCACCCGCCUGGAGGCCAGCUCGGGAGAUGGGAGCGACAUUUCCGCUUCAGGAUCGUGGUUGUGACGGGCCGUGAGCCGAACUCACAAUGUCCUUGGCCUCCUUUCCCUCUGAUCUACUGACCUUGUCGAAAUCCGGCCAGGCAAUCCUCCCGCAAAGCCGACCGCCCCUCGGAGCCUGGUACGCCUUCACGAAACUGGCGUGGCAAACAAACCCAAGGGUGCUCUACGGGACUUCAACAUCUAUAUAAUCUUGGGAUUCGGCACCUCUUCAAACUCCUGCAGUUCGAUCUCGCAAUCAUCAUCCUCAAGCACGCCGUUCAGCCUCAUCUUCACCAUGCUCGCCAAGUUCGCUGCCCUUGCGGCCCUUGUGGCCUCUGCCAACGCCCAGGCUGUUUGCUCUCUCACUGCCGAGACCCAUCCCUCCCUCAACUGGUCCAAGUGCACUUCCUCCGGAUGCACGAACGUCGCCGGAUCCAUCACUGUUGAUGCCAACUGGCGCUGGACUCACAUUACUUCUGGUAGCACCAACUGCUACAGCGGCAACGAGUGGGACACCUCCCUCUGCAGCACCAACACCGAUUGCGCGACCAAGUGCUGCGUUGAUGGUGCUGAGUACUCUUCUACCUAUGGUAUUCAGACCAGCGGCAACUCGCUCAGCCUUCAGUUCGUCACCAAGGGCUCGUACUCGACCAACAUUGGUUCCCGUACUUACCUUAUGAACGGUGCCGAUGCCUACCAGGGCUUCGAGCUCCUUGGCAACGAGUUCACCUUCGAUGUCGAUGUGUCCGGCACCGGCUGCGGUCUUAACGGCGCCCUCUACUUCGUCUCCAUGGAUCUUGAUGGUGGCAAGGCCAAGUACACCAACAACAAGGCUGGUGCCAAGUACGGUACCGGUUACUGCGACGCUCAGUGCCCCCGUGAUCUCAAGUACAUCAACGGUAUCGCCAACGUUGAGGGCUGGACCCCCUCCACCAACGAUGCUAACGCUGGUAUUGGUGACCACGGUACUUGCUGCUCUGAGAUGGAUAUCUGGGAAGCGAACAAAGUCUCUACAGCGUUCACCCCGCACCCCUGCACCACCAUCGAACAGCACAUGUGCGAGGGUGACUCCUGCGGUGGUACCUAUUCCGACGACCGCUAUGGCGGUACUUGCGAUGCCGAUGGUUGUGACUUCAACAGCUACCGCAUGGGCAACACCACCUUCUACGGUGAGGGCAAGACUGUCGAUACCAGCUCCAAGUUCACCGUUGUCACCCAGUUCAUCAAGGACUCCGCUGGCGAUCUUGCUGAGAUCAAGCGCUUCUACGUCCAGAACGGAAAAGUCAUUGAGAACUCUCAGUCCAACGUUGAUGGAGUUUCUGGCAACUCCAUCACCCAGUCUUUCUGCAAUGCUCAGAAGACUGCUUUCGGCGAUAUCGAUGACUUCAACAAGAAGGGUGGCCUGAAGCAAAUGGGCAAGGCCCUUGCCAAGCCCAUGGUCCUCGUCAUGUCCAUCUGGGACGACCAUGCCGCCAACAUGCUCUGGCUCGACUCCACCUACCCUGUCGAGGGUGGCCCCGGUGCUUACCGUGGCGAGUGCCCUACCACCUCGGGUGUCCCCGCUGAGGUCGAGGCCAAUGCUCCCAACUCCAAGGUCAUCUUCUCCAACAUCAAGUUCGGCCCCAUCGGCUCUACCUUUAGCGGCGGCUCUUCCGGCACCCCUCCUUCCAACCCUUCGAGCUCCGUCAAGCCCGUCACCUCCACUGCUAAGCCUUCUUCCACCUCUACUGCCUCCAACCCCAGCGGUACCGGUGCUGCUCACUGGGCUCAGUGCGGUGGUAUUGGCUUCUCUGGCCCCACCACUUGCCAGAGCCCUUACACUUGCCAAAAGAUCAACGACUAUUACUCCCAGUGCGUGUAAAUUACUAGCCUGCAUGGGUAACCUUUUGGUCGGCCAGUCAUCAUCGGCAGCAUGGUGAACCUCGACUGCGAGCAAAAAAGAUCGAGAUACCCAGGGCGUCAAAAGGAUUAACGUUUGAGAAAUGAUAAUGGACAGACGCAAAACAGAGGGUUCCACAGUACCUCAACUUCCAAGUACAUAUUACGUGUAUCGCAUUCUUCUAUCAUCUUGUACAUAGCUCCGCCUCAAUGACCUUUGGAUCGUUGACAUUAUAUAUAUCAUCACUUGUGCAU